CGUGGAGCCGGAGGAAGGGAGGGGGCUGAACGCUGUGUCUGGUAAGGUUCAGGACGGCAAGAUCAGGCAUUGUGGUCUACUUCAGCUCUGUGUCUGCAGCUCUCCUCCUCUCUUCUAGCUCUCUGAACCUGCAGAUCUGCUUUGACUUUUUGAUUCAUUACUGGGCUUAGCUGAAGUCUAACUGUCAUCAUGGAGGCCAUCAAGAAGAAGAUGCAGAUGCUGAAGUUGGACAAGGAGAAUGCCAUCGACAGGGCGGAGCAGGCCGAGACGGAACAGAAAGCUGCUGAGGAGAAGUGUAAGCAGUUGGACGAUGAGCUGGUCGGCCUGCAGAAAAAGCUGAAGCAGACUGAAGAUGAACUGGACAAGUAUUCUGAAGCCCUGAAGGACGCCCAAGACAAACUGGAACUUUCUGAGAAGAAGGCUGCUGAUGCUGAAGCUGAUGUGGCAGCUCUGAACCGCAGGAUCCAGCUGGUGGAAGAGGAGCUGGAUCGAGCGCAGGAGAGACUGGGCACGGCCCUGCAGAAACUGGAGGAGGCUGAGAAAGCAGCAGAUGAGAGUGAGAGAGGCAUGAAGGUGAUUGAGAACCGUGCAAUGAAGGACGAGGAGAAGAUGGAGAUACAGGAGAUGCAACUAAAGGAGGCCAAGCACAUCGCCGAGGAGGCUGACCGGAAAUACGAGGAGGUGGCUCGUAAACUUGUCAUUCUUGAAGGUGAGCUGGAACGAGCUGAAGAGAGAGCUGAGAUGUCUGAAUGCAAAGUCACCGAUCUAGAGGAGGAGCUAAAGAAUGUAACCAACAACCUCAAGUCCCUAGAAGCUCAGGCAGAGAAAUACUCAGAAAAAGAAGACAAGUAUGAGGAGGAGAUUAAGGUUCUCAGUGACAAGCUGAAGGAGGCCGAGACCAGAGCUGAGUUUGCAGAGAGAACAGUGGCUAAACUGGAAAAAUCCAUUGAUGACCUGGAAGAAAAAUUAGCAAGCGCCAAAGAAGAGAACCUGGGAAUGCAUCAAGUUCUGGAUCAGACACUGCAAGAGUUGAACAGCAUAUGAAAAAAAAAGGAGUUUCAUCUUCAUACAUUCCACAAACAGCUUCAUUCCUCAUGUCUGUCGAUCUCAAAGCUCACAGAGGGUUAAUUUAAUAAGUUUGGUUUUCACUCUGAGAAUUUCCCAAAUCUUAGCUUAAUGGUAAACGUGAAACAUGGUGAAAAAGUGAACGAACGUCCCUAGGAAUAUGAUAGCUCCAGUCUGACAUCUAGUGGUCACUCGAGUUAUUUUUUUUAUAAUUUAGUUUUGUGAUUACUAUUUGUAAUUUUUCUAUUUGUGCCCUAAACUGAUGAUAAUCCAGCAAAAUACAUUAUAAUAUUCCUUUAUGUAUGCAUAAAAUAAUUCUUUUUGCCCAAAAGGUCAGAAUAGACAUGAUGUAACAUUAAAUCGAACUACUGCAUAUGAGGUUAAAUGUGAUGUAGAUCAGUACUGAGAUGAAGACAUUCCACUCUUCAUGAGGACCAAAAUCACAUCUGUUUCACUUUCUGUGUUUCAAGAAACAUUUUCCCACUCUGCAUGUAAUAAAUUUGUAUAAAAAUUUUAAA